GAGGAUUCUUCUCGGUUAAACAAAGUUCAUUGGUUAGAUCUCAAAGUGCUUUCAGUAGUAAUUUAGUACUCGAAGAGAGAAGUUGCAUUCAUAAAAACAAACAAACAAUGAAGUUAUUUUUUAAACUUCUCGCUUUAUUUUCUACUUUAGUAGCUGUAAAUGGGGACUGUGGCGUAGUGUCCAGACAACAAUGGGACGGCUUGAACCCUGUCCAUGUGGAGUACCUGGCAAGGCCAAUAGACCUGGUGAUCAUCCAGCAUACCGUCACUCGUACCUGCAGUACUGACGCCGGUUGUGCUGAGAUCGUGAGGAACAUACAGGAGAACCAUAUGGAUAACUUGAACCUUUGGGAUAUUGGUUCCUCGUUCAUUGUUGGCGGCAACGGCAAAGUAUACGAGGGUACUGGUUGGUUGCAUGUUGGCGCCCAUACAUACGGAUACAACAGGAAAUCUUAUGGCAUCACUUUUAUUGGAAAUUAUAACAAUGACACCCCGACCCAAGCGUCAUUAGAUGCAUUGAAAGCUUUGCUGCGUUGUGGAGUGGAGCGAGGUCACUUGUCUGCUAACUACCACGUUGUAGGCCAUCGCCAACUCAUCGCCACUCAAAGCCCUGGCAGGAAACUCUACAACGAGAUCAGACGAUGGCCCAAUUGGCUUGAGGAUGUCAGCUCACUGAAGAACUAAUUAGAUUUAAGAGUUAAAGUCAAUGCAUUUAUUUCAAUAACUAAUCCUUAUUUAAAUCAUUUAUUUCAAUAAUUAUUAAUCCUUAUUCAAAGUCAAUGCAUUUAUUUCAGUUAAUCCUUAAAGGUUAGCGUUCACAGGCCUGCUUCAUACGCAUUUCACGCAUCGUACGCAUUCCACAUUACAUCAUCGGUACGCAUUGCAUGUAGGUAUUGCCGAUGAUGCGGUCCGUACGAUACGGAUCAGUGGACGCAGAUAUAUGAGUUUCUAUACAAGGCUAAAAUCCGAUGCGUGUUAUACGUACGAUGUGGACCUGUGGACGCUUAUCUUAAUUAGGCACUUUUGAAACGUAAAAUUGAAUCCGUCAAAUUGUUCGUCUGAGAAGCUAGGUGCUCGUUCCAAAGUGUAGCUUCAAAUGGAGAAAGAAAUUAUAAGUAAUAAAAAGCUAAGAAAAAAGAAGUUUGAAUUGGCAACUUUUGUUGAUAUCCAUUUGUUACCAUCUCAUAAUCAGCAGUGUUUAAGAAAAUUGAAUGUAAGUUUCUUUUGCUUGGCAUCUUGCCAGAAUGGAUUUCGUUCAACGUGUAUUAACAUGCGAUGCUAGAGAAUAAGAGUAAAAGUUUUCUCCAUAUUUUAAAACGAAGUAGUCAAAAGUGCCAGUAUAUAAUUUUUCGAAAAAGACUUGAUUUUUUUAAAACACUUUUUAGAAUGCCUAUUUUUUUAUUAUAAUAAACUAUUAAGCUUA